CUUCCUCUUGUGGUAGCUUGAGACUGCGCAUCUGGAUGUUUUAAACAUACAAAGGAAUUGCUAGAGCAAGCAAAAGGGAACGCGGUGCAGAGAGUUAAGAUGCACAGAUAAGCAACUGGUGCAUCCCGCAGCUAAAGGAGCUGACAGGCAGACCGGGAAAACCUUCUUCCAAAGAGGAGAGCACCAGUUUAAGGCAGAAUGAAGACUCACAUUGUCUGUGGCUUCGUUUUUAAAGUGCUAUUAAUCCAAGUUUAUCUUUCGAACAAAACUUUAGCUGCACCAUCACCAAUCAUUAAGUUUCCUGGAGACAGCACUCCCAAAACAGACAAAGAACUAGCAGUGCAAUACCUGAAUAAAUACUAUGGGUGCCCCAAAGACAAUUGCAAUUUAUUUGUCCUGAAAGACACUUUGAAGAAAAUGCAGAAAUUUUUUGGGCUGCCUGAAACUGGAGAUUUGGAUCAAAAUACUAUUGAGACAAUGAAGAAACCGCGCUGUGGUAACCCAGAUGUAGCCAAUUACAACUUCUUUCCAAGAAAGCCAAAAUGGGAAAAGAAUCAUAUAACUUACAGGAUUAUAGGCUACACUCCGGAUUUGGAUCCUGAGACAGUAGACGAUGCCUUUGCUCGAGCCUUUCAAGUCUGGAGUGAUGUCACACCGCUGAGAUUUAACCGAAUAAACGAUGGAGAAGCAGACAUAAUGAUUAAUUUUGGCCGAUGGGAACACGGCGAUGGCUAUCCAUUUGAUGGCAAAGACGGUCUCCUGGCUCACGCCUUUGCACCGGGGCCAGGAAUUGGAGGAGACUCCCACUUUGAUGAUGAUGAACUGUGGACUCUUGGAGAGGGGCAAGUGGUUAGAGUGAAGUAUGGAAAUGCAGAUGGUGAAUACUGCAAAUUUCCCUUCUGGUUCAAUGGCAAGGAAUACAACAGCUGCACAGACGCAGGACGCAGCGAUGGAUUCCUCUGGUGUUCCACAACCAAAGACUUUGAUGCAGAUGGCAAAUAUGGCUUUUGUCCCCAUGAGUCACUUUUUACAAUGGGCGGCAAUGGUGACGGCCAGCCGUGCAAAUUCCCCUUUAAAUUUCAAGGCCAAUCCUACGAGCAGUGCACAACAGAAGGCAGGACAGAUGGAUACCGAUGGUGUGGAACCACCGAAGACUACGAUCGGGAUAAGAAAUAUGGAUUCUGUCCGGAGACCGCCAUGUCAACAGUUGGUGGCAAUUCAGAGGGAGCCCCUUGUGUAUUCCCCUUCAUCUUCCUCGGGAAUAAAUACGAGUCCUGCACGAGCGCGGGUCGCAAUGAUGGCAAGCUGUGGUGUGCUUCUACCAGCAGCUACGACGACGACCGCAAGUGGGGCUUCUGUCCAGAUCAAGGAUACAGUCUCUUCUUGGUUGCUGCGCACGAAUUUGGCCAUGCUAUGGGACUAGAGCACUCGGAGGAUCCAGGAGCUCUUAUGGCCCCAAUCUACACCUACACCAAGAACUUUCGGCUUUCUCAGGAUGACAUUAAAGGGAUCCAGGAGCUUUAUGAAGUAUCGACCGAUGUGGAACCCGGCCCAGGGCCAGGCCCGGGGCCAGGCCCACGGCCAACCCUGGGGCCUGUCACUCCAGAGCUCUGCAAGCACGACAUUGUCUUUGACGGAGUCGCACAGAUCAGGGGAGAAACGUUUUUCUUCAAAGAUAGAUUCAUGUGGAGGACUGUAAACCCCCGAGGAAAACCCACAGGUCCUCUUCUUGUUGCUACAUUCUGGCCUGAUCUGCCAGAGAAAAUCGAUGCCGUCUACGAGGCCCCUCAGGAUGAGAAGGCUGUGUUUUUUUCAGGAAACGAGUACUGGGUUUAUUCAGCCAGUAACCUGGAGAGGGGCUAUCCAAAGAAACUCACCAACCUGGGACUACCCCCUGAUGUGCAACGUGUUGAUGCAGCUUUUAACUGGGGCAGGAACAAGAGGACAUACAUUUUUGCUGGAGACAGAUACUGGAAGUACAAUGAAGAAAAGAAGAAAAUGGAGCUUGCAUCCCCUAAAUUCAUUGCUGACUCUUGGAAUGGAGUUCCAGAUAACCUGGAUGCUGUCCUGGGUCUUGGUGACAGUGGAUACACCUACUUUUUCAAAGAUCAAUACUAUCUACAAAUGGAAGACAAGAGUUUGAAGAUUGUUAAAAUUGGCAAGAUAAAUUCUGACUGGUUGGGUUGUUGAACUGUAUGAGAUAUUAAUAACCAAAUAUUUACUUUUUUGUUAUAUGCCUUAUCUGUAAUUAGAAAUAGAUCUGAAUGCUAAUUACUGGACCAGUCUGGUACUGGCACCAAAACAUUAAGUACCAGUACUGUACACAUCAGAUAAUUUAAGAGUGUUUGCCUCCUCAGUACACAAAAGAUGUUUACGUAUAUAUUCUGGUACAAGUUUUCAGUUUUCAUGCUAGUCAUAGUAAUAGAACAUCCAUCAUUCUUUAUUCCCCUGGUGCUUAAACAAAGCAUUGAAACCAUUGGAGACUGGAUCACACCCCUGUGUUAUACACAUCCCAAAUAGGCUCAAAUGAGAUGUACCAGCAGUGCACUUUGAUUUAUUUUUUUUUUAUUUUUAAAUACAACUCUGUUAUAAAUAGAUGAUUUGUCUUGCGUUUUUCACCCUUUUGCGAGUUUGAUCAUUACAUCCAUUUAUUUACAUAUUUACAGAAAGACUGUCAAAGGCACGGGUUGCCUCAGGAUUUGAUUUGUGUUAAUGCAUGAUGGAAUCAUGGCAAGAAACUGUGUUAAAAGUAUUGUUUUAAAGUACUUUUUAUUUUAAUACCUUAGUUAAAUUUAGCAAUUUGCUUCAUGCACUUUGUUACUACUAUACAACUUGUUUAUAUGGAUGGAAUGACUCAGAUUUUUGAAGUCAACGCGUUAUACAUAAAAGUCAAGUAUAAUUGUUUAACUUGUUUUAUUUUUCAGUUCUUUAUAAUAUUGGGGGUUUGUUCGGUUAGAUUUUUGGUUAUCUAUUGAGCAACAGAGAUUAUUCUUUUCACAAUCUGAUGGAAUGUUUCCCAUUAAAAAAAUAAACCAGAAAAGAAUGUCCCACACAUGAAGUGCCAACAAUACAAAUAAAAUCAAAUUACACUGUCAACACUUCUCAUGGCCAGGCUUCCUUCUAUCAUUUGAAAUUAGAAAUCCAGUAGCAUGUUACAGUCAAAUACCUGCCACAGGAAAGACAAUAUUACCCCGUAUAUAAUUGCAUUCUGGAUCGAUUUAGAAGUCUAGCUUACUUUCUCUGUCAGCUGUAAGAUGUGACUGCAGCAAUUUACAUUAAGGAGCUGAUAUGGUCCCAUGCAUCCCCAAAGCCCACGGCCUUCUCACAACAGUUUACAUGCCUCUCUGUUUUCCACCCUCCUCCUCCUCCUCAUCCCAACCCAGACAGGAAGAGUCAGCACAGACACAGCAGUAUAUUUAUCCUGUAGGGAAUGUACAGUUGAGAAAUAGAGAUGUAAAACCUUCCCCCUCUCCUUGAGAUCAGACCAUUUGGCCAAGGAUCUUACCCAGCUCCAUUAAGGUGAGAUUCUUUAUGAGAAUCUCAUAAAGAGAGUUCUUAUAUGAGAAUCUCUUUAUGCAUCAUGUGAGUGGUCAGCCCAGAUCCUUCUCAGUACAUCUCUCCCAUUGAGUUCCCAACUCACAGAACUGGCUAGAGACCAACUAACACCUGGAACAAUGAUUGACGGGUUUCUUCUCAUAUUCUCAACAACUUCAAGCUUCCACUCAGAGCUUUCUUGUUCUAGGCAGAGGUUUUUACUGGUAUUCUGAAAAGAUACCUCUUCUGAAGUGGCUGCGUUUGCUAACUGAAUUUCCAUUGCACACCAUCCAGAUACAACUCCCACUUUGGGAAGCUUUUCAUUACUACGGACAAUUCUCACCUGGAUGAGCCAGUGCUAUUUUCACCUAUGCCAAAAGAAAAGAUGACUCUCUCCUUCUGAGCACUCUCAUUCUCUUCAGAAAUCACUAAUCACCUUCCCAAAUAGUCCUGCAUCAGAGUCAAAAAAAUAAGGUACAUAACAAAGUAGUUGUAAUUGCAAAAUGUUAGGGUUCUAGUUUUUACAGACACCUGGCAACCUUCUCAGGAUUGCAGGAUCUAUUGAGCCAUUGCAGCGAUGUAUGGUCUGUCCUGACCACAAACAUCUUCCUAUACUAGUGUUGAAAAUAUUCUGUAGUUUUAAUGACUGCCAGGAACUCCUUUUGAGUGUUGCAAGAAUUUCUCCCUGGAGAUUUUAAGCUCUUACUGUUUUAAGCAUCCUCAAUAGCCAUCCUGUCAAGAUUUUUAUGUUCUUGUGCCAAUAUUGCCCCAAACUGCAUGCUCCAGCAUCUGUAUUUAAUAUGAAGAAGGGGUUUGAAACAUAGAUAUACUAGAGGAACAUUUGCAAUCGACCUUUUCAGCACUGAACUUGCUAAAUCACAUUUCUACUGAUGACUGAAAUAGUUUCCUUUUUGUCUACAACUUACGUAUAUGUUUUGCAACAUUGGCAAAUCUACCAGUGUACCUUCUGUAAUAAUAACACCAUAAUCCUACAAAGCUCCACACAUCUGGUGGGUUUAAGGAGUUCUGCUCAGCUUCUUGUCUUGUUCUUGCCUGUUUAAAUCCCUUCUCCAAUGACUACAUUACUGGCAGAAAAACAGAAAUAAAUUUUCUAUCCUUAAA